AUGGCCAAUGGUAAAGGACAAGGAUCAGGACAGUGUCGCACCAUAGAAUCAAAAGAAGGAAUUGAUGCAAAAGAAAUGGAGUGGUCAUUUGUGUCAAAUUCUGCUGAGAGUGCAUCUCAGCCUGCUGGUCAGACAGGCCAAAAAAAUAUAAAAGAUUGUGAAAAGGAAGUCAAAGGAGACACCUCAGAGGCUGUGUUUCAUCAGACUGGGGCAGUAGGGAAAUCUAAGGAAAAUGGAGAUGAGCAUAUGUCUGCUUCCAUAAAUGGAAAGCAGAAUUCCUCUUUUCUCCCUAAAGAUAAGAAACAAUCUCCAUCUGACAGCAAAAUACAUAGAGGAAAGGAAAAUGAUGACUCUCCUUCGACCAUCUCUCAUCAACUAAAGAAAAUCUUACCAGUGGUCGUGUUUAGUGACUGUGAAGAAUCACUAUCAGGAAAAAUUACACUGCAGGAUUUCCCAAGCACAGUAGAAGCUUUUAAACCAGCAAAAGGCAAAUUUAUUACAGAAGUAAAGUGUGGGGCUUUCGAUGUACAAAUAGAAAUCAAGAAAAGCUUUUCCUGUAAAGCGGGAAUACAGUUCCCAACAAAAAAUAGGUAUCCAAAAUAUCACCAUAGUUUUAGGAACUACUUUCCUAAAAACAAGAAUAUAUUUGUAGAAUUAAAACCUAAGGUGCCAUAUAAAUACAAAGAAGAAAUUGCCAGAACUGAGAUCCCCUCACUGAAAAUAAGCAUUGCAGGAAAAGAAACUAAAGUUAAAUAUAUGAAUAACAAACAGAAUAUAUUGAUUAAUAUAACUCAUCCUAAAAGAAGGAAAAAAAUAACUAAAUACAGAAACACUCCCUCCAGUCACACCACUAAAGAAUCUUCCAGGUCUCCCUCACAGUCUGGUAUUAGGAACCCUGAAAAGCGGCAGCUUAAAAACAAGCAUCAGAAUUCAGAUUGUUUCCAUGGCUCUUCUCCUAUUGUGUUUGCUGUCCAGAAGGAGAAUUUUGAUACAGUUGUGGUUUCUCUAACUUCAACUCCAGAGAAAGGGGAAAAUAAUCCUGACACACUAUCUUCAAUCUUAGAUGAUUGCAAAGUAGAAUCUGCCUUCUGUCAGCAGAAGGUCUUUAAAAUUAAUCAGAACACUCCCAGAAAGAAACAUUUCUCUGAGGCUGAGACUCUUCUCAAAAACAUUCCUUCUGACUCACAUGAUACCCUAAAGACCACAAGCUUAAGUAAUACAGAUUUAAGUAAAAUGCCUUUUGAGGAUCCUAAGGAUGUGGAUAAAGAGAGAAAAAUCAACGUUGAUAUUCCAGAAAAUAUCACAUUAAACUCACAUAUGCAGCAAAGCACAAAAGGAAUAAAUUAUUUGCCAAGUACCAUUACCAACAUCUUUCCAGUUCAAGAUGGUAAAGACUCCAACUUUUGUUCUUUGUCUUCUCUGAGCAUGCAGCUCUUAGGAGAAAAGGGAGCCAACAUCUAUUGCAAAGGCAGCAAAACUCCACCUGCAGAAUGCUGUGAGAACUCAAAUUCUAUAUCUUUCCCUUCCAGUCAAAAUGCUCUGAAAUCUUCUACUUCAUUCAGCCCAUCUCACUGGGCCACCAGACAUUCAGAAUCCAAAGAAACCUUUGGAAAUACAUUUUCCUUUCAACACUAUGCUGAAUCUGUGAUAGACUAUGAGAAAGAGCAUGCUGAUGUGACUAACAGAAACAUUAACAAAGCCAUUUUAAAUAGUGAUUCUCACGUGAAAGCACAGCAACUAUUGGCAAGAAUGAGAACACAGUGUUUAACCCCGAUGCCUAUAUCCUGCAGCAGCCUAGCUGCUGAGAGUCCCCUCAACAGUGUUAGCCAUAGCACUGAGGAAUGGGACCAAAUGGAGUCCCAGGCCAGUCACCCAGAGACAGCAGCCCCCAGUGAAACAAAAGUACCAGUUAUGACCUUCCUAACUGAUGAGUUAGAGCAAAGAUUAAUUACUCAAAACAAUAAAGAAGAUACAGUUGAUUCUAAUUGUCCCAUGGGGAUGAAAAACUCUAAAGAGUCACCCAGCUCUCUGAGAAAUGUUGAAAAAGGCAAAUGCCAGUUAACACCAGUGGCAAAGAAUGAAUGCCACAGAGAUUUUGAUAACCUAUCAAAUGAGAAUUAUAAUGAAGUCUGUUUCCAAAUGGAUUUUCCACCAAACACUGCUGAAUCUAACUGUGCAGUGUGUGCUAAAGAUACUCUGUUUCUUAUUGAGAAAACACUGACCGACCAGUAUAGCAACCAAGAUGAAAAAAGGCUUGGACUAACCAGUUGCAAACAGGAGCCAGCAGAGUGCCAAAGGAUUUCAUCAACAAGGUCAAAUUCUGAAGAUGAGAACAAAAAUGACUCAAACGAAAAUUACUAUCACCAAAUAGACAUAUUGCUGUCACCUCAGAGACAGAAGGCUUUGAAAGAUUGGAAUUUGGAAAUAAAUAGCCUCCAAAAGUUAUCCCAGGAAUUGGCUCCGAGAGGAGGAAGAGCCAGUGACGGUUCCCAGGAAGAAGCAGUAGAUCAGUGGGCCAGGAGGAGGCAGCAAUUCAAAGAAGGCAAAAGAUGCAGUUCGGUGGGGGGCAGUUCAUUCACCAGCAACAUCACCGAAGGAUCCAUUACCUCAGAAGAUGGCCAUUCUGUGGAUCUUGGUUUUCGAAUUGAUAUUGAGGAAAAAGGAUUCUAUACAGAGAAUUUUCAUUCGGCAGCAUGGGUUUUCCAAGGAGAUGAUGGGGAUCCUGAGGACGGUCCCAGAUGUCUUAGUAAAAAACCCCGACCAGUAGCUGUUCGUGAGCGAACCGUGAGACUAUUCAAAGGAACUGGAGAUUAUCCCUGGGGAUUCCGAAUUCAGUUCUCCAAACCAAUCAUGGUAACAGAAGUGGAUACCAACAGUGCUGCGGAGGAAGCCGGGCUCCAGAUUGGAGAUGUGGUGCUGGCUGUCAAUGGCACCGAGGUCACCAGUGCCGAGCAUGCAGAAGCUGUGCACCUUGCAAGGAAAGGUCCAGACAUCUUGACUCUGGUGGUGGGAUCUGACAUCAGCCGCUGUCCCAAUACCCCUUGGCCCGCCUGCCGUGGCUACCUACAUAAGAGGACUCACUCCAGUAUCGUGAAGGGUUGGAGGAAGAGGUGGUUUGUGCUGAAGCAUGACGGCUGCCUCCACUAUUACAAACAUAGAAAGGAUGAAGGAAAAUGGCCACCUCUAGAAGUAAUUAAAUUAGAUGGUGCAGAAGUUGGCAUCGAUACCAGCCUGGGAAAACCAUUUGUGUUUAACUGUGUGCCUCAGUCUGGAAAUAGGACUUUUUGCUUCUGUGCAACCUCAAACCAAGAAAUGAAGAGAUGGCUUGAGGCAAUGGACAAAGCAGCCCAUCCUGUCCACCAGAAUCAUGUCUGGGAAGAUGUUACUCUGCACAACAGUAGCCUCCCACCCCUGGCUAUCAAGAAUCCAGAGUGCCUGGGCCUUCUGCACCAGCUGGAUGGAAGAACAGACAUGUGGGUCCAGCGCUAUUGCAUUCUGAAGGACGGUUGCUUGUAUUUCUACGCUAGCAUUCGCUCCACCCAGGCCUCAGGUGGCAUAUAUCUGCAAGGAUAUAGGGUGAGUGAACAGACUCUUAGCUUGAAACAAUCGGUGAUUGAACUCAAACCUCCAUCUGAAGAGUUCAAGACUUUCUAUUUCUGUGCAGAAAAUAAAACAGAAAACCAGCGCUGGAUUACAGCUUUGAAUACAUCUGUUAAAAAAUGGCUUCCUUUGCAUCAGGCUAUUCAAGACUUGAUGAAUCGCCCUCUAGAGGAGACCAGAAUGUGA